GAUGAACAGGGUGGAGUCAAAUCUUUCGCACAAGCAUAUUACAUAUUACUGUUAGUAGGUAUGAUCAAUCAAUAUUCGUACUUCAUAUAUUAAAAAUGCCUCUCUCUCUUUGUUGCUCCUUGCAUCAAUUUAUCUUCACUCGAAAAACUAUGCUUCUGCUUCAUUCCCCUUCGCAAUACUACCAAAUGAAUUAUUGUGAAUAAUUUAAAUCAACAUGCAAUAUGUUAUUGCACACUUUCGCCUUGAAAAAGGGCAAAGAAGUGGCUGCUCAUAACGUGAGUCAAUCCCCUUUCUGUGGUGUAACAUUGCUAAACUUCUACAAGAUUCAAUCAUUAACAAAACGCGGGAAUUGUCUCAGUCAAAGCAAUGAUAAACGGCGCACAUAUACUUCCAAUCAAUCUGCCGCGAGUCGAGUAAAGGAGGAAUUGGCAAAGGAAACUUGUGAAAAGCUUUCCACUCAACAUCAAGCCAAGAAGAAGGCUAAAGCUAUUGAUAGAGUAGGUUCAUGCCAUUGAACCAUUCAAUUGAGAUGCUUACCAGCUUAGGACUUCUUUCUAUCCGUCCUUGGAUCUUCUGCAACUAAACGAGAAGCACGUUCUUACAUUCAAAACUUCAAGCCACCAAGUACCGCUCCUACAAAAUCGAAAAUUCAAGAAUCUACCCAACAAAAUUCAACUGAAAAUGGGGCCAACUUGGGAAGUAUUUAUACAGUCACAAGAGCUGUGGCAGAUAGUCCAAAGUUUGUACAGCAACCAGUGCUACCAAAAUCCACACCAGAAGGACCGCUAUUACACGUUGCCUUGGUCAAAAUUAGAGCUCCGCAGCUGCUAGAUGAUGAAACAUUGAGUGGGAUUGGGAAAACAUUAUCAAGAUUAAGCAGGCUUGGAUUAGUGAGUACUGUUGUGGUGGAUUGUGAUGAUGGAAGCGAUACUUUUUUGAAAAUUUCCAAUAGCGAAUGGAGAAAUAUGGUUAAAGAGCAGGCAGCUCGUGUUGUGGCUGCCAUUGAUGCGUCUGGAACAGAAGCACGACUCGUGGACAAUGUGAUAGGAAUUGCAGAGGAGGGAUCCGAUUUCGGACAGCGGCCUUAUUUGAAAGACAGGGUACAUGUGACACUUAGGGAGCUAUUGAUGACACCUUUGAGACGAGGAGUACUUCCUGUUAUUCCUUCAAUAGGACAUACGGAUAUCACUCAGACUGUAGUAUCAGCCACAGCUAAUGAUGUUGUCUUGGCUCUCACUCGGGAAUUUGCAGGAAUAUGGUCUUCUGAAUCACCGGAUGAACAUCCGAAAGUUGUCAAGGAACGACUACAAGCCUUACGAAGUGAGGUUUCACUUGAUCGUUUAAUCUUAGUUGAUCCCCUUGGCGGUAUCCCGGCGUCCGAUCUGAAAAAUGGUUACCAUGUUUUUUUGAACAUGGAACAAGAAUAUGAAUUGGCGAAGCAAGACCUUAUAAACAGAGGAGGAAUGUAUAUUGAAACGUCCCAGAAACCAACACUACAUGAAGCAAGCCUGAAUUCCAGCGUUGGCAAUGCAAUCCCCCUUUCCAAUUUUACCGAAAACAAACCUGGCGACCUUGAAGGUUCACCCCCGCUCCAAAAAGGAUCACUUGCGAAGCAUGAUCCAACAAUGAAAUUUCAUUUAGAAAACUUAGAAUUGGUUCGAAGUACUUUGGCCCUAUUGCCGCCUAGUUCUUCUGCUCUGAUAACUACACCUGGUGAAGCGGCGAAUUCAGAAAAACAACCAGAAUUUAAGGCAGCCGGGGUCGGCACACGACGACAACGAAAUCCACUAAUUCAUAAUCUACUUACAGACAAACCAGCGUUUUCUUCAUCACUUCCUGUUGGAAGACUGGGACCGAUGGAUAAGAACGAACCAAUUUCCUUAUCAACGAAAUUUGCUCCAACCACUUUUGCGAAACAUGGUAUGCCAGUGACCAUUUUGCCAGAUCCAAAAACUACUACUUGGCAACCACCUAUCGCUGGUGUCCCUCAGAUAAGCUUAACAGAUCCUCAAAUUGAUCUUCCUCGUCUAGUAAAUCUAAUUGAGGACUCUUUCAAUAAGAAACUUGAUGUCCAGCAUUAUCUACGACGUGUCAACAGUCGUAUAGCUGGAGUUAUCAUCGCUGGCGAAUAUGAAGGAGGAGCAUUGCUGACAUGGGAGCUUCCACCUGGAGUUCCUGAUGACGGGAGUGAAGAAAGUCGAAAACGGAUGGUACCAUACCUUGAUAAAUUUGCUGUUCUAAAGAAAAGCCAAGGAUCUGGCGGCGUUGCGGAUGUCGUUUUUAAGUCUAUGGUUCGGGAUUGUUUCCCCUCCGGUGUCUGCUGGAGAAGUCGCAAGGUAAGAAUUAACCAUUCUUCAUGGUGUUGAUUCGGUAUUAACUAGAAUAUAGGAUAAUCCAGUGAACAAGUGGUAUUUUGAGCGCAGUAGAGCUACCCUGAAGCUAUCUGAUACGAAUUGGACAAUGUUCUUCACGACACCUGAAGAGAGUAUGGAUCAUCAAACUUUCAAAGAUUAUGAGGCUGUGUGUAAGGUGAUUGAACCUUCUUGGGCAGAUAGAAAGGGGAUCCAGGAUUGAACAUGAUAUCUCAGUUUUGGAAGGCUCUUGGACACUUGGAAUUUUCGUAUACUCGAUGAAUGAUGAGGCAAGAGUGGAUCAGGUUUCCUUCAGGUUGGAAGUUUAAAUCUUUGGAAAAGAAAAGGUUGGGGGAUCUUAUCAGCACGGAAAGCUGUAUAUUUUCCCUGCUCACCAAAAAUCAAUUCACUCGAGGUCGCGCAAGUUUUAAAAAGCGGUUAUGGAGGUUAUAUAGUU